CACCCCACCACAUCUCUUCUUCAUCUCAGAACCGGCCUGAAGGUGCUGAAAAGUCAUUGAAGACCACUUCCAACUCUUUUCUGAUAUUUCAUGGUGCCGGUUGGAUCAUCUUGUCACCAUGUCGUCGACGCCAUCCACACAGUCGGCUCUCCAGGCAUCAGCCCUUCUACUAAAGAAGCAAGAUACACACGAGUACCGUCAGACGACGUACCACGAUGGAAGCAAUGUGCAGAUCGCGGAAUCUCGUCGUCGCCGCUGGGCGGAUUGGAAGGUUGAACCACCAGUCCAGGGAUACACCGACUUCGUCCUAUACCCCAAAGCAGAUGAAGACUCAUACCCACAAAGCAGCUUUGAACACGUCUCGUCACAACCUCACCCCGCACCUCGAAGGAAAGUCGCGGAACCCAGCUCAGAGUUACACGUGACUUCCGCCAAGCGUUCGUCCAAAGUUAGAUCAAAGUCGGUGAUCCUUCAUGCCGAAGCAAAGUCGAGCGAAGGACUGCCUUUGAAGACGAAAACAGCUGUGAAUUCCUUCGCAGGCCCCACACCUCCUCCGACACCUAGGCUGAGUCGGCUGUCGACACCAGAAUUCGACGAUAUGGAUGAGGCGCCCUUUUGUGGCUGUGAUGUGGAAGCGCAUGUUGUUAAGCGUUGCACAAAUUGCAGGAAGGAGGCCGGUCUCUGGUGAAUGAAUCUUUGGCUUGUUGCUGGUUCUUGUUGUCUCCCAUUUACGACGGUUGUCAUAUGGAGGCUGGUGUUGUGUUCCUCUGGAUUGACACUAUCCCUGGUCGUUGGAGUUUACUUGUUUGCCAACGAAGAUACGA